AUGAAAUCGUCUUUCUACACCGGUGUUGUUGCUGCUACCAGCAUUGUUCAAGCCAAUCCAGUUUCUAAGCGUGCUGUUACUGAUGCUGAAAUCCUCAACUAUGCUCUGACCCUCGAGCACCUUGAAGCAACUUUCUACGCUCAGGGUCUCCAAAACUACUCGCAGGCUGACUUCGUCAGCGCUGGAUACGCUGACCCGUUCUACGACAACCUUUUGAGAGUUGCCUCUGACGAAAAAGAGCAUGUCAGUUUUCUGACCAGCGCUCUUCAGGCCGCUGGUGCUCCCGCUACUGCUGAAUGCACUUAUGCUUUCCCGGCCACCGAUGUCGACAGCUUCGUGGUACUUGCCAACGUCCUCGAGGGCGUUGGUGUCAGCGCCUACCUCGGAGCUGCUGCGUCAAUUGCAAACAAGGAGUACCUUACUGAUGCGGGCUCUAUCUUAACUGUUGAGGCCCGACACAGCUCUUACCUCCGCGCUGCUGCUGGCGAGGUUCCCUUCCCCCAGCCUUUCGACAACCCUCUCGACUUUGAUGAAGUCUACACUGUCGCUUCUCCGUUUAUUGUCUCUUGCCCAAGCAGCAAUCCUGCUCUGCCGGUCAAGGCAUUCCCUUCUUUGACCAGUACUACCAGUGGUACCCUUUUGGCAGGCUCCCAGGUCACCCUCGCCACCGGAAAGGGGUUCACUGCUAGCGGACCUGUCCAUGCCGCUUUCAUCACCGUAACUGGUCCCAUCUGGGCUACUGUCACUCCUUCUGACGGAAGCUAUACCGUUACUAUCCCAGACGGUGUUAAUGGUCAGAGCUAUGUCGUCCUCACCUCGUCAAAUAAUAGCGUCUCGGACGAUGACAUCAUUGCCGGGCCUGCAAUUCUCGAAAUUGGUGCCAAGAACGGCCGCCUGUCCACUGACUGCGCUGGUGGCAACAACUCUACCACUACUGCCAAUGCUUCCACUGAAUCUGCUGAAAAGCCUUCAGGCGCCCCUGCGACCGAACAACCCAGCUCAAGCCCCGCUGCCCCUAGCGCCGGCGCCUUCUUCACCGGCGCCGCCUCGAGCAUCAAGCCUGCAGUUAGCCUGUUUUCUGUUGUGAUUGGUCUCAUGGCUCUGCUCUAA